AUGAAGCGUGUUCUCGUCCUUUGUUCACUUCUGAGUCUCGGACAUGCCGCAUCAUCUACUACCAGUUCGAUAGGCAGCGGUAUGGUCAUGAGCACUGAGAUGCCAACGAGCAGCAUGAGCUCCAUGGCAACAUCCACUUUCAAUGUCUCUGCCGCCGAAUAUACGAUCACGGCCCUACCUAAUGUAGCUUCGCAACCAGCGUGUGUUUUCAACUGCCUCAUCCCCAUCGGUCUUGCGGACCCCUCCAACUGCGACGACGUUACAAACCAAUGUGCAUGUCUGAAUGCGCCCGUCGAUGCCAUGUCCGUCCUCACCGACUGUGUUGCGACGGUCUGCAAGUCGAGUACAAGUGCAUACGCUGCUGCUGCAACGAGCUUGUAUGAGAGCUACUGCAAUAGCGUCUUUGGAACAUCGCAGUUCUCAUCCGCAGUGUCGGCAGCCGCCACAGCCGCGACAGCGACGACUUCUGCUGUAUCGAGUACGGUUGCGGAAACCCAUUCUGCGUCGGCAACUGCGAAGAGUGGAUCUGUGAAACGGUCACCAUCCUUGCGGGCGGCUGGUCUUUGCGUCAUUGGAGGGAUCUUGUCAACUAUUAUUGCUCUGUAG